AAUGACUUCGAAUCAAUAGAUCAAACUUUUCAAGAACUGCGCUAUGACCGAAGAACUCAACCUGCAGAAUACUGGUGUCGCAACAGCAUUUUAAACUAUUUGGAUUUAUUUAUUGAAAGCGAUAAUUUUACUCCUUUUGUCACUCAGCAGGAUCUUCUAAAUGAUACAAGGCUUUUUCAAAGCGUAGCGUACCGAACCAUACUUCUCUAUAGUGGCUGUCAAAGUAGUGCCUCCAAUAGCAAUAAAAAUUCACAACGAGAGCUUGGUACCAACCAACAAUUAGUACGUCAAGCCAACGGAGAUUGUUCCGGUCUCACCUUCAAGCCCCUUUCUUCGGAGUUAGGUUAUGUAGAGAUAGGUUUGGUUAACCAUGGAGCAAAUGGGACAAAAGAAUUGCAAGAAUCGAAGUUGAAAAGUUCCAAAAUGAUGCGAAGCUUUUGCAAGCAAAUGAUUGACCAAUACAAGAUAAAAUCGAACAAAAUCAAAAUUGUGUCAUUUAUUAUCAAUGGUUCUUUUAUCAGAGCUCAAGUUAUGGCAUUUACCAAAGGUUCCGUUGGUAUUUUGUUUUCCUCUCCUCGCUUGAAGAUGCCCGAAAAUAUUAGUCAAGUACCAGCUCUCCUUCCUCCAAUCUUGGCUUUGGUCUAUAACUGUACUUCAAUAAUCAAAGAAACGGCACAAUUAUUGAAGGAUGAAAGUACGCACGUAAACUUAAAUCCUUUCAAAAACAGCGACUAUUUCUUCCCGGACAGCUUUUUACCUGAGUCAAAAGACUCAUAA